UCCCCUCCCCCCUGGCACCCCCCCCCCGCACCCACGUGGUGUGCGGCACGUGUCGAGAUUCGCGUCCGGGUUGAGAGUUCAGAGGUCGCGGCGCGCAAUGAAUGAGCGGGAGCAGCGGCGGCGGCGGCGGCGGUGGUAGCAGCAGCAGCAACAACAACAACAAACAACAACAGAUCCCGCGUCCCUCCUCCUAUCUCCUUCUCCACCCGCCUCUCAGGUGAGGCUCGCCAGGUGAGCGUUGGGAGCGGCACGGCCAGCAUGCCUGGCAAGCGGGGACGUCCGUCCCUCAAGAGGGAGUUGCCCAAAAAUGAGAACUCGGUUGAGCACACGGAUGCCAAGAAGAUAAAAGUGUCGCACCCGUCGCACGCGCACAGCCCCGGGGAGGUACUGGCGCUGGGCGAGGGAGACGUGGGGCAGCUGGGCCUGGGCUCGGCCGUCACGGAGCGCAAGCGGCCAGCGCUUGUGCCGCUCUCCGAGAAGGCGGUGCAGGCGGAGGCCGGUGGCAUGCACACGGUGGUGCUCACCGAGAGCGGGCAGGUGCUCACGUUUGGCUGUAACGACGAGGGGGCCCUGGGCCGCGUCACUGCCGAGGAGGAGGACGAGGCGGUGGCCGGCGUCGUGCAGCUCGCCGACCGCGUCGUGCAGGUGUCGGCCGGCGACAGCCACACGGCCGCACUCACGCAGAGCGGCAGCGUCUACGUGUGGGGCACCUUCCGGGACAACAACGGUGUGAUUGGCCUCUUGAAACCCAUGGAGAAGUGUCCUCUGCCGGCCCUCCUGCCCCUGGAGACGCCCAUCGUGAAGGUGGCGUCCGGUAACGAUCACCUCGUGCUGCUGUCCCAGUCCGGAGACCUCUACACGCUGGGCUGUGGGGAGCAGGGCCAGCUGGGAAGGGUCCCAGAAUGCUUCUCAUCCCGUGGCGGCAGAAGGGGCCUCGAGCGCCUGCUGGUGCCUCAGCCCUUGCGCUUCAAGGCCCUCAAGGGCACCGGCGCGCUGCGCUUUGCUGACGUUUUCUGCGGCGCCUACUGCACCUUCGCCAUCUCGCGCGACGGCCACGUCUACGGAUUCGGCCUUUCCAACUACUACCAGCUGGGAACCCUCAGCACCAAGUGCCUCUUUGUGCCGAAGCUGCUCGCCGCGUUCAAAAACUCCACCAACAAAUGGAGCCACUUGGCCGGAGGGCAACAUCACUCGCUCUGCCUCGACUCGGAAGGCCGCGUCUACAGCGUGGGCCGAGCCGACUACGGCCGCUUGGGCCUCGGGGAGGGCGCGGCAGAGGCCAUGGAGCCGAUGCUCGUGCCGGGGCUCGGCCCCGCGCUCUCCGUGGCGUGCGGCGCUAGCGUCAGCUACGCCGUCACCAAGGACGGUUCCGUGUACGCGUGGGGGAUGGGCACGAACCACCAGCUGGGCCGCGCCGACGACGAGGACGCCUGGAGCCCCGAGCGCAUGGAGGGGAAGCAGCUUGAGGGGGUGCGGGUGCUGGCCGCCUCCAGCGGGGGGCAGCACACCGUGCUGGUGGUGGCGCGCUCGUGACCCGCGAGAGAGCGAGAGAGCGACGCGCGGUGACGUUUGCCCCCAUCGGCCACUGCGGUCGGGGCGGUCGCCGCUCUGCCGCGGUGGGGGGGGUUGGGGGGGGUAGGGGGUGGGGGAGUGGUCUGACCGUGCUCCGCCCACGCUGGUCAGUGCGGGGGUCCGGUGAAGGCGUGGAGCAGAGACCCGGCGGGAGUGAAUGAUUGUCUUUUUUGCCACGCCCCCGGAAAAAAAGCACAACGCGUCGCAAUAAAAUACCGCGCGCGCGCUCGCGUCCCAUUCGUACGCGGCGGUAACCGCGUUGCGCACCGCAUCCCCGCGAUUCGCUGCCACGGUGCUCGCGUUUACCGCAAUGCGUGGCUCCCAUGCAGUUUCGGUACCGCCAAUCCGCCAUCGCCGGAGCCGCGAGCGGUGUUUGCCCGCUGAACCACACCCUCGCCGAACCCCGCCCUCCCGCCCCCCGACCCCGACGACGGGAGGUAACUGUAGCCGUGAUUGUCAUCGUUUUGAGUGCGUGUCCGACAAGUGCCCGUGCAGUAGCCAAAUUCCUGCGGGGCUAUUCGCGCCAGAGCCUCGGAAUUGGACCUGCAGCCAUGUGGAGAGAGCCUUUUUUUACCUCUUGUUCUCUGGCACGUCCGAACCGUUAUGUAUGUAUGUACGUUGAACUUCUUUCGCACCGUGCACAGCCAACUGUGCUCAUCGGAGGUGCGGGCUGGUGGAAGGACAACAAACUAAAGGCAAAAAGCAGAGUGAGUUUGUCAAUCUGGAUCUUGAUUUAAAAGUGCAUAGCUCCAGUGGCUUCCUAAUGUCGGAAGGAAGAGCGUUCCAGACGGCCGCAGAAGCGCAUCUGAAAGCGCAGCGGUGCCGUGUCGAGACAACCCGGUGCUCGUGACGUGCCAGGAUGUUUUUUUCCAUUGCAGGAGCUGAGCGAUACCGUGGACGAGUUGAAUGAGUCAUUAGCUGCCCGACCCCCCCCGCCUCCCUGCCCACUGGCCCUGCUUGGCCCGAGCCAGAUUCGGAUGCCUUGUGAGGCCAGCUUAUCCCAAUUUGUUUCCUGCUAAUAGCCAGUGGAAAAGCCACACGUAUACCGUGAUGGCCUCCUCUUGUUAGCAUCAUUCUCCACCCGGAAUGCACCCCACACAAUCACCGAGCCACUCGCUGGACAGCUAAUCCAACAAACCUCUCCCCCCCCAUCAUCACCCCCUGGCCCAGUUAUCAGACACUUGGCCAUCGGCGCCCGUGCUAUGCGGUGGUAAAGUGAGAACCGUCACUGUCCCUUAACAGCUCUCGGUGACGGAGUAAAUUGUGAGCGCCAUCCUGUUGAUCCUUCCCCGUGUGUGUGGGUGUAGUAGUAGAGGUUUGACCCCAACGCUCCUCUUCUACCGAGGCUAGAGUGGCUCUUACGCGAGCCUCCAAUGUCUUCCCCUCCCGGUUAUUUGAGACGCCGCCUCUACCCGAGAACCCUCCGCUGGGAAUAUGCAUCCGAGGGCUGCUCCAGCAAUAUGCCAUAGUUGUGUAUGUGGGAAAAAAGUUUGCAGGUUUGCAAGCGUGCAAUUUAACCAAAAUGUUCAGAUGCCGCCGAGUUCGUGCGAACUUAGUGGAACGCUAUAAAACGAAAUUUAGUGGAACGCGUCGCUGUGAGAAACGUGUCGAAAUUUGGGGUCUGCGCAGGGAAUGUCACGACAUGCGAAGCCUUUCCCCCUGUGCGGCCACCUGUGUUAGUGUUUGAAAUUGGUUUUUUUACAUAUAAUUACGAGCUGUUCCAGUCGCAUCGCGAGGAUGUUGUGCUUUCAUGGAAUAUCUGCCGUGGCGGAGAACAUUGGUGUCAGCGUAUGACACGUGCGAGGGGAAUUGUUUAACUUUUUCUUUUAAUUUUCAGGUCGGCUUUUUCCUUUUUUUUAACAGAAAUUAAUUGGCGGCAGUGUUUUACGGUGUUAUUGGGUCAGGUUCACGUCAUGUUGUGCCCCUUACGGUUUUAGAGGUUACGCUUGUGUUGUGCUCUGCAACAAAAGCUGAUAAUCUACAAGAAAGUCUUAUUUGGGGGGGGGGGGGGGGGGGUGGGGAAGAUCUGAAUCGGCCGCUUCUUCAAGGUUUCAGAUCUGACCCAACGUCACUUGAGCCAAGAUUGCAAGCAGCCAGGCGGACGCCCCAACAACUCUCUUUGCCACUUUUGUACCUCGCAGAAGCAUCUCAUGAUUUUUCAAAAUCUCUAACGAAGAUGGUCCGAGUGCGUUGGAUUACUCAGACGAACGAUGCCACUGUGGUUUGUGCCAAGGUCUUGUUUUUUAAUGGAAUGUUCUCUCGGAUUUGGGAUUCGAGCCAGGAUUGAUGGCUUUACUUCGGAUCAAACUGCGUACAAUUAUUUGGUGUGACCGGUGAAUGCCAAUCGAGGGACUUGAAGUGAGCAUUUAGCAACGCCAGUUGCUGGUGUCAUUGAAAACGUUCGCUCGGAGGGAUCGCUUGAAUUUCGAUGAAAGUUGGGAAAUGAUUUCAUAAUUGGUGGUUAUAAAGAUUAUUGUUUUACAUUGCACUGCUUCGUGGUCUUUUGCAAUUUUUUUUUUCCCAAUUGUCAUUUCUGCAAUAAAUAGACAUUAUGCCAUAUGUGUAUUGUAAUGAAAGUCAUCCCAAAUAUUUUACGUUGCAAGCCUCGCUGAGUCUCAAGGCUCUUUAGGAGGAUGCUGCAUUGGGAUGUUCAGCCAAUGCCAAUAAACGAAUGGAGAAACCCC